ACAAAGGGGAAAGACGUGGUGCAGUGAAGCACAAGCAAUCCAGGUAAAGCAAAUUAAGAUAUUCCUUCUCUUUUAGGCUUUUCUUGUUAUCCUGUCUCCCUGUCCCUUCUUCUAUCUGCUUGCUUCUUAAGAAGCAGUUUGUGCGUGCACUGUUGAUGUGAUUUGAUUUCUUACAGAUAGAAUGGACACAAUAGGAUUACGUUAAAUAAACAAGUAAAAGGUCUGCAAAGGUAGAUUUGUGAACUAUCAAUGCAAGCAGCUCUGAUAAAAAAAACAGCUUGAAGCCUUUCCUGUGAUGCAUCAAAGUUUGAUAAUUGUUGUUGGUGCAAUUAACUGUAUAUACCCCAAAUAAUUACAGCUAAAACAACCUAAGAGUACAAAUCAAUCCGAAGUUGGCGCUUAUAGGAUUAAACAAUGUUGUUGCUGUUCUUUAGAGGCAAAAUGACCGACAAGCAGGGAACCCCAGAUCAGCUGCCAGCAGAAAAGGGCCAAGGAGGGGCCGGAGCCACAUAUAAGUUGGCAGUUUUUGAGUUUGAGAACUUUCGUGGAAAGAAGGUGGAGUUGUCUGCUGAAUGUAAAGAUGUGAUGGAGAAGAUGCAGAGGGUCGGCUCAAUCAUCGUGGAGUCUGGACCAUGGGUGGGAUAUGAGCGUCCAGGUUUUGCAGGAGAGCAGUUUGUGCUGGAGAAAGGAGAAUAUCCCCGUUGGAGCACCUGGACCAACUGUCUGAACAGCUACAACCUGAGCUCAUUCAAGCUUCUGAAAGUGGACAGUGCAGAUCAUAAGCUGCACCUGUUUGAGAAUGCAGUGUUUGAAGGUAGAAUGAUGGAGAUUGUUGAUGAUGACGUCCCCAGUAUUUGGGCAUAUGGUUUCCAGGACCGUGUGGCCAGUGCAAAGGCAAUCAAUGGAACGUGGGUGGGAUACAUGUACCCAGGCUACAGAGGGCACCAGUAUGUGUUUGAGCAUGGAGAUUUCAAGCACUGGAACGAUUGGGGAGCCAAUGCACCUCAGAUCCAGUCCGUCCGACGUGUGCGGGACAUGCAGUGGCACAAGAGAGGGUGCUAUAUUGCCACCACCCCUACACCUCCCAAUCCCGCCCCCGCCCCUGCCCCCAAUCCAAACCCAACUCCUAAACCUAACCCCAAUCCAAACCCCACUCCCAAACCAAACCCCACUCCCAAUCCUAACCCUGCUCCAAACCCUAAAUCCCAAACUCAACCCCAACUUUAACACCAUCACCUCCUGCACCACCGGGCCGGGCUAAAGGCAGCUGGCCAGUCCCCAGUCUCUCUAUACUACGCCCCCUGUUAGUCUAGACUCUAGAGAAUAUAUAUAUCACCAUGCAAUUUUGGAAAACUGUAACUGACAAUAAUGAAACAUGUUAAUUUGUUGGAAAUAAAGGUUUGGCCCUGA